AGCUGUGACGCGGUGCUACGCAACGCACCUAACCUUACCUACACUUACACUGCGACGAGUGAAUCAGUCGGACUGAUGUCUCCAGCUGCUCCGGUUGUUGUCGCUGGUCAUCGUGACACGUGACGCGCGACAUGACCGUAGAGACUGAUGUUUCCGCCCUGUGCAUUGACGUGUCCAAGGUAAAAUCUUCGUCUGGAGAACCCCGAAAAUCCGACUGUAACAAUGCCCAUGAUGCGGACCCCGGUGGAUGGACACCCUUGCUGGUACUGGCUGGUGCCACUUGCUGUCUGGGAUCAGCAUUACCAGCAGGAUAUAACAUAGGCGUUAUGAACAAUCCCGCUAAUCUUAUGCAAUCGUUCUGUCAACAAAGUAUCAAGGAGAGAUAUAAUGUACAAUUGUCCGACUACGAGCUCCAGAUACUCUGGUCUGCCAUAGUAUCGGUCUUUCUUAUCGGAGGUGUGUCUGGAUCUUUGAUCAAUAGCUGGCUGAGCGAUAGAUUCGGACGGAAAGGCGCGUUAUGCGUUGGAAAUAUCUGCGGGAUCGUGGGAGGUGUUCUGUUCUUGCUCGUGCGAGUUGUGAACUCGGUUGAGCUUCUCCUGCUUGGCCGAGUGAUUGUCGGACUUUCCGGCGGUCUGGCCACUUGUUUACUGCCGAUGUACAUGACGGAGGUAGCACCCUUGAAGCUACGAGGUGCCGUUGGGGUCUUGUGUCAACUGGGCAUUACGUGCGGCGUGCUGAUGGGUCAAGUCGCCGGACUCGAGACUGUCCUAGGCACUCCAGAAUCCUGGCACGUCAUGUUGGCGUCCUUCUCACCACUGUGUCUUGCCGCGCUACUAUUGACCAUCGUUUUGCCAGAGAGCCCGAAGUACUUGUACAUAAUCAAAGGAGAACAAGGAAAAGCCCUUAAAGAGCUCAACCGCUUGCGUAACAUGGACAUAAUGCUGCUGCAAAACGAGAUCGCUAGUUUGCAACAUGAACUAGCAAUGAAAUCGACGGCUAAGGCGUGGGGCAUCAAACGCGUGUUAAGAGAACCGACUGUGAGAUUACCGCUGUUCCUAGUGUGCUUGAUGCAAUUUGGUCAACAGCUUUCUGGCAUCAACGCGGUCUUCUACUAUUCAAAGUCGAUAUUUCUGCGAGCCGGCCUCACGAUGUAUGAGGCUCAGUACGCGAUUCUCGGCACAGGCGUCGCCAACAUUAUGAUGGCAAUUUUCUCGGUACCGAUGAUGUCGUGCAGCAGAAGAAUCGUCUUCUUCGUGAGUUGUUACUGCUCCAUAGGAUGCCUUGUUAUCAUGUGCAUCUCUCUAGCACUAAUUGACAGUUCCUGGCUAAUGCCGUAUUUUGCUACCGUCUUUCUAAUGGCAUACGUCGUAUUCUACGGUGUUGGUCUCGGCCCAAUACCGUUUUUCAUCGGCUCCGAAUUGUUCGACGUCGGUCCGCGACCUGCCGCUGUGUCAUUGGGUAGCGUGUUCAACUGGGGAGGAAACUUCCUCGUCGGCAUGAUGUUUCCUUCCCUGCAAAGUUUAAUCGGCCCGUGUGUCUUUCUGGUCUUCGCUGGAUGCAUACUAAUAUUGGCGCAGGUCAACCGGAUCUACUUGCCUGAAACGCUAGGCCGAAGCACAACGGACAUAGCAGCAACCAUGACUCGAGGCUUCAAAUCAAGGCCGAACGCUGCACUCACCGCGUAGAUGUAACAUUUGUUAUACGUAAUUUAAGUACUUUUUAUACGGGUUUUUGACGGAAUCAAUGAUCGUUAAUCGUGACGUGAGUGAGUAAUUUCUGACAUCGCUCGUAACUCGUUCAUCCGCGCGGUCAUGCAUUAUUCUGUCUGUAAAUAAGUCUCGGCGCGAGACUUACUUGUUUGAGCGAAGUCCAAGUGUUAUUGCCCGCGGGCAAAUUUUAUAUGCGACUAUUCUGCAAAUAAUUGCAAAUAAUUGCAUGGAAUUGUACACGGCGCCGUACGCAGUUAAGGAGAAUUAGGAAUACGUUAAGAUUUUUACAUUUAUAUAAACAGUUAGAUUGACAUUGCCUCUGUAA